AUGGUCGGCACAUUCGUGCAUGUGUUCAAGAAUGACGGAUUCUUCGGUCUUUACAGCGGGUUGUCCGCCGCCAUUCUGCGCCAGCUGACCUACUCCACCACACGAUUCGGUAUCUACGAGGAACUCAAAAACCACUUCACCUCCCCCGACUCGCCUCCUGGCCUCUUCACCCUGAUCGGUAUGGCCUCUGCCUCCGGCUUCAUCGGUGGCAUGGCUGGUAACCCCGCCGACGUUCUGAACGUGCGCAUGCAAUCCGACGCCGCUCUCCCUCCCGCUCAACGCCGUAACUACCGCAACGCGAUUCACGGAUUGGUGACGAUGACGCGCACCGAAGGUCCCGCCAGCUUGUUCCGCGGUGUGUGGCCGAACUCGACCCGUGCUGUUCUCAUGACAACGUCGCAAUUGGCCUCGUACGAUACCUUCAAGCGCUUGUGUCUCGAGAAGCUGGGCAUGUCUGAUAACAUGGGAACGCAUUUCACGGCCUCCUUCAUGGCUGGAUUUGUGGCUACCACUGUCUGCAGCCCUGUCGAUGUGAUCAAGACUCGCGUCAUGAGCGCUUCUCCGGCUGAAGGCCGCAGUCAGAGCAUUGUUGGACUGCUCCGUGAUAUCACUAGAAAGGAGGGCCUCGCAUGGGCUUUCCGUGGUUGGGUGCCGAGCUUCAUUCGUCUCGGUCCUCACACCAUUGCCACAUUUAUCUUCCUUGAGGAGCACAAGAAGCUCUACCGCUUGUUGAAGGGACUUUGA